GCUCCGCGCCCCCCGCCGGCCCCCGGCCCGGGCAGGAGCAGCCGUGUCGCCCCCCCCAAUCUUGGACCACUGGCUCCUUUCCAGGGAUGAGGGCGGCGGGAUGCGGUGGGUCGCGGGGACCAGCUAAGCCACCUGCCCCUUGAAGGCUUCGUUCGCCGUGUGCCUGGACGCUGCGCCGUGCCCUUCCCCGGCUCCUCCUUCACGCCUUUCCUCGCUCCCACGUUGUGGGUGUCCAGUCAGCCUUGUUUACGGAAGGGGGUGGGGGAAAAAUCGAGGGGGAGGUAGCCUGCAUCCAUCCCAAACAGAAGUCUUGGCGUGUGACUCAUCAGCUUGGCUUUAAAGAUCUCCCUUGCUUCGUUCAAAGGAGCGCGCUCCUCUUCGGAGGAGCCCCAUGGUUGUUCCUGUCUGCUCCGAAGAGGAUGGAUUGAAAGCUGCGUCUUCUGGGCGUCGCUUGAGGCACUGCUGAUCUUCUUCGUGGACAUGAUGGGGCUUUUUCACUGGAUUAUUGCCAGGAUUAGUUUACACACUGAAACCGUGCGUUGUUAGGCCUCGCUGGGUGCAAGUGAUGUUUGUCUUGCGUUCAUGUAAAGUUUCUGGAGAUUUGGGUUAACAAUUGUGGAGGGUAGCCUGCAUCAGAAGAGAUUAUCUUCCUCCCUGGUUGUUGUGACAACCGCAAUCUGUCCUCGAUGCCUUCAGCCUUGGCCAUCUUCGCUUGCCGCCCGAACUCUCACCCGUUUCAGGAGCGCCAUGUCUACCUGGACGAGCCCGUCAAAAUUGGCCGCUCAGUGGCCCGCUGUCGGCCAGCUCAGAAUAAUGCUACUUUUGACUGCAAGGUGCUGUCCAGGAACCAUGCACUUGUCUGGUUUGACCACAAGACAGGCAAGUUCUACCUUCAAGACACUAAGAGUAGUAACGGUACCUUUAUAAACAGUCAGAGACUGAGCAGAGGAUCUGAGGAAAGCCCACCAUGUGAGAUCAUGUCUGGUGACAUCAUCCAGUUUGGUGUAGAUGUGACUGAGAACACGCGGAAAGGUAAGGUUACCCAUGGAUGUAUAGUCUCCACAAUUAAACUAUUUCUCCCAGAUGGUAUGGAAGCUCGACUACGAUCAGAUGUUAUCCAUGCUCCGUUACCAAGUCCUGUUGACAAGGUUGCUGCUAACACUCCCAGUAUGUACUCUCAGGAACUGUUUCAGCUUUCACAGUAUCUGCAGGAAGCCUUACAUCGGGAACAAAUGUUGGAACAGAAGUUGGCCACCCUUCAGCGACUGCUUGCUGUCACGCAGGAAGCUUCAGAUACUAGUUGGCAGGCUUUAAUAGAUGAAGACAGGCUGCUAUCAAGGCUAGAGGUUAUGGGAAACCAAUUACAAGCUUGUUCAAAAAAUCAAACAGAAGACAGUAUACGAAAGGAACUUAUAGCAUUACAGGAAGACAAACACAAUUAUGAGACAACAGCCAAAGAGUCCCUGAGGCGGGUCCUACAGGAGAAAAUUGAAGUGGUCAGAAAGCUCUCUGAAGUGGAGCGAAGUUUAAGUAACACUGAAGAUGAAUGUACUCACCUGAAAGAAAUGAAUGAGCGGACUCAGGAAGAAUUGAGAGAAUUAGCCAAUAAGUACAAUGGAGCUGUAAAUGAAAUUAAAGACCUCUCUGACAAACUAAAGGUUGCAGAAGGAAAACAAGAAGAAAUCCAGCAGAAGGGCCUGGCUGAGAAAAAAGAAUUGCAACAUAAAGUAGAUGAAAUGGAAGAGAGAGAACAAGAACUUCAGGCAAAAAUAGAAGCUUUGCAAGCUGACAGUGACUUCACCAAUGAACGGCUAACUGCUUUACAAGUACGGUUAGAACAUCUUCAAGAGAAAACUCUUAAAGAACACAACAGUUUAGGCAUACAAGUUGAUGACUUCAUACCUAAAAUUAAUGGGAGCACAGAAAAAGAGCACUUUCUUUCAAAGAGUGGAGGGGACAGCACUUUUAUUCAUCAGUUCAUAGAAUGCCAGAACAAGCUCAUAGACGAGGGACAUCUAACCAAAGUGGAAGAAGCCAAGCUAUUAAAAGAAAACCAAGCAAAAGCAAAAGAAUCUGAUUUGUCAGACACGCUCAGCCCAAGCAAGGAGAAAAGCAGUGACGACACUACAGAUGCCCAGAUGGAUGAACAAGAGCUAAAUGAACCUAUUGCUAAAGUAUCGCUUCUAAAAGAUGACUUGCAGGGUGCACAAUCAGAAACUGAGGCUAAACAAGAAAUUCAGCAUCUGCACAAGGAGCUGAUUGAUGCCCAAGAGCUAGCUAGAACAAGUAAACAAAAAUGUUUUGAACUUCAAGCAUUAUUGGAAGAAGAGAGAAAAGCAUACCGACUGCAGGUUGAGGACUCCAGCAAGCAAAUACAGCUUCUACAAGCUCAGCUACAAAGGUUACAGGAGGAUAUUGACAAUCUUCGUGAAGAAAAAGAGAAUGAAAUUUCAAGCACUCGGAAUGAAUUGCUCAGUGCUCAGGAUGAAAUCUUGCUUCUCCAACAAGUGGCAGAAAAGGCUGCAUCAGAACGAGACAUUGAUAUUGCUACCUUGCAAGAAGAGCUGAAGAAGGUGCGGGGUGAGCUUGAGCGAUGGCGGAAAGAAGCCUCCGAAUAUGAAAAAGAAAUUGUCAGUUUGCAAGCCAGCUUUCAACUCCGAUGUCAACAGUGUGAGGUUCAGCAAAAAGAGGAAGUUAAUCGUUUACAGGGUGAACUUGAAAAGUUGAGAAAGGAGUGGAAUGCUCUAGAAUCUGAAUGCCUUACUCUAAAGAAAGAGAAUACUUUGCUUGCAUCUGAGCUUCAGCGACAAGAGAAGGAGCUACACAGCUCUCAGAAACAGAGUUUAGCGCUAACCAGUGAUCUAAGUGUUCUUGAAAUGACUCGCAAAGAACUUGAAAAUCAAAUGGGAACUUUGAGGGAACAGCAUCAACGGGAUGCAGCGAGUCUAAAAUCUCUACUCACUGAGGCUGAGAAUCAAGCAAAGGAUGUACAGAAAGAGUAUGAAAAGACACAGGCUGUACUCUCAGAGCUGAAGUUGAAGCUUGAGAUGACUGAGCAGGAAAAGCAAUCAAUCACAGAUGAGCUCAAACAGUGUAAAGAAAACCUGAAGCUGCUACAAGAAAAAGGAAACAAUCCUUCCAUAUUACAACCCGUCCCAGCCGUAUUCAUCGGCCUAAUCCUGGCUUUCCUGUAUUGGUGUUACGGCCCAUUGUGGUAGAGAAAGAGACAAUGGCCUUGGAUGCCUGUGCUGGCAGCUUUGGUUGCUGUAACAGCCGUGGUGCUGUACCCAGGCCUAACCAGAGCUUCUCCAUGAGAACUGUUGUUGAAUCCAUACACCGUCCUCCCUUUUAGAAGCUGGCAUCACUCACAUACUGGGGGAAAACAGAUUAAUUCUCUUCCUUUUUACCUCUUAAUACAAUGCAGCUCUGCGUGAGAACAGCAGUAGGGUCAUUUGCUUUAAACUGUAUAAAAUGUAUCUGUCUAUAAAGAGGGAAUAAAAUUGUGACUUCAUUCUACUGUGAGCAAUACUUUUGCUUACAAUUUCAUGUAAUUUUUAAAUUGGUAUGUUGGGAUUCUAAAUACUAUAAUGGUGGCCUAAAAUAGGCUUCUUGGUACCAAAUUAUUUAUAAUGGUUAGGUUUGUGGAUAUUUUGCUUUAGAAUCUGAUUGCCAGGUUUAAAAGAUAAACUUGCUUUUCUGAUUUGGAUACCCAUGCCAAAUAACCGUGUAGCUACUUGGAACACAUGUGGUGUGCUCAGUGCCUUUCAGUUUGGGUUUUUUUUUUUUUACAUUAAUAUAUACCAUUUGACUUGCUGUCAGUCACUGAGCUAUUGGGAACAAGAUAAUGUCUCUUUCCAGGCCUUUUGAAGGAAGCAAAUAAUUUUCUUUGGUGAGGAUUUUGUUUUAUUAAUGAUUUUGGGGAAUAAAUACAGUUCAUGUCCAGCCUUAAAGAGAUAAGAUAGAGAAGACAUUGAUGGCAAACACCAGCCUAGAAUAUUUUGUGUGUGCGUGUGUGAGUGCAAGCAUGUGUGUGUUCUUGAGUGAACUAAAAGGUAUUUCUGGGAGCAAAUACUUGGUCAUUUGAUGGACAUAGUGCAGUGAUUCAACUAUGUUAACUUUAGUUUGAAUGUAAUUUAUUAAAUUUCAUAUAUUUAAAGAGACAUUCUUUAAAUGUAUGAGUACUUUCUCACAUAUCACAUUUUAUCCAUUUAUUUUUUUCAAUCAUUUAAUACUUUCAAAAUUGAGCUGGAGAAGUAAUAUUUGUCUCUUUAGAUAAGCUUUUAUUGACAUAACUUCAUUAAGAAAACUGCAAGAGUGCAUAUAUGAUUAACUGAGAAAAAAGAUUCCAUGGUGGACAAAGUAAUUGCAAAGCUGGAAUCAGUUAACUGGUCAAGUGUGCAUCAGUUGAUGAGAUUAGUUUAAUUUUGGUAAUUAGAAGCUUUGCAUCAACAUGGCCUUAAAGUACAAUACACAGUGGUCCCCAUUAAAAUGUGUAUUUUCCUAGUCUAAGAGUUAACUGUUGUUAAUUGUUGACUUUAAUGAGAACCACUGUAACUGAGCACUGAAUUUAAAUGUUGGCUACAAGUUGUCUUGCGCAACUCAACAGCUCUAACAAAAAUGUUUAUUAAGGACUUGUACAGUAUGCUAAAAUGGAUUGCAAAGGAAAAUGGUUUGGUUAAGGGAAACUUCAAAAUAGGAAGAUUAUCUCAAAGAUUUAUUUGGCUUUAAAAGAUUAAUGGCAAUCAACAGAUCUAGUUAAAUAUUUAAAUAGAAAUUUAGUAUAUAAUUUGCCUUUGUGAGGUUUUGAGGGUCAUUGUCUGUCCUUUUAAUUAAAGGUCCUAUCUUAAGCUACUUGGGAUUUGCUAAUGGGAGGAUCAUUAGAUUUUUGGAAAAAAUAGUCCACAAGUGACUCUUAGAAAGUGUUAUUAUCAUCUAGUUUGUUUCUUUCAUCAUUUUCAGUUGCAGGAAGCCACCUCACCACAAAACACUUGUUUGCCAGUGGUACUCAGUACCUCUUGUAUAUAGGUUAUUGCAAAUAUUGUUCUGAAAUGCUUAACUUCAGAAUUACAUUUUUUAAAGUAAAUAAUUGUUUUAAAUCUAUUUUGUAAAGAUAUAAAAAGUACAAUAGAAUUUCUGGAGUACAGAUUAAACUAUUUGCACUAACACAUGUGAUGUGCAUGAUUUAAUAAAAUAACUUUACUCUCCCUGUGCAUGUUUGAGUUGAAUCUCAUUUGAAAACAAUAGAUUUGUGCUAAAUUCAUUGCGUAUUAGGCAUUGCUACAAUUAUUAGGCACAACAUACACAGCAUGUUUGGUAGGACUGAGAAUCAAGAGAUUUCACAUUGCAUCUCACAUAUGCGUUGUUUAGAUCUGAAUGUCUUGUACACCACACUUGUCUAGUUCACGUCUAGUUCUCACAUCUAGUUUUAAGGGAAAAAGAAAGGUGUGACACAGGUCUUGGUGGGGGUUACUGCCAUAGAAAAAUCAGGGGGGAGGGAUUUUUUGGAAGGUGGAACUUUGUGAGAGCCUGUGGUAAGGGUGGAAAGCCAGGGUAGGGUGGUCAGGGAAAAUCUGAGCUAGCUGGGGAGGGAGUUAUUGAAGGCAUGAGGAGCUUAAGGUAGUCUCUGUACUUUGCCUUCUCUCUUCCUUAGGCUUUUUCAUUUCUACUUUUCCCAUUUCAACCCUUGUUUCUUUGCCCCCAGCCUUCAUUCACUUGCAUCUUUCCAUCGCCCAUUCUUAAUGCGUUUCCACGCAACUCUCAUGUCAGUAGGGGGAGCAGAAGGGAGGUGUAUCAUAACGGGACUGGAUAUCUGAAACACCAGUUGCUUCUAGUAGCUAGAAAGAACUGUAGUCAAUCCCUUUCACACUCUUGCAAUUCAGCUGUAGGUCUUGCAUGACAGGGCUACCAAAUAUGCCACAAAAGCUGCCUGACACUUGGCAACUUCAUUUUACUGUGCCAUAGAUCUUAUUUAUAAGUGACCUUUUGACUUGUUUUUCAGUAGUCGUCAUAACACCAAACAGCUAAAAUAAAUCCAGUAUGUCUGUAUUCAAGGAAGAAAACAGGUUCUCAGUUUGUUGGAACUCCAUGCAUGUGUGCAUAUUUGUAUUCAGAUCAUGAACACAGGCAUAAAUAAGUAAUCCACUUUUGCAUGGAUUUGUGCAUUUGCAUCUGCAUAUAGAGUUACUGUAUUUCCUCACCACAGUGGUAUUGCUGAGAUCUUCUGAGGUUUGCAUGUUUAAAAGUUUAUCAGGGAUGAGUUAAUAUGUGAAGUGCACUCACUUUCUUAGGGUGAUCCCUGAGAGAUGAUUGGGUACUGUUGGGAAGUUUCCAGUCAUGAGCACUUUUAUAUUGAAGGGAACACAAUUAAAAAAGCUUCCUAACAUAAAACACCCUCCACCCAGAAACCUGUUUUACAGCUGAAUGUUGUUACUUAUGCUUGUGCUAUAUAUCUUUGCUCACUUACACACACACUUAUCCUUUUGGAGUUACACAGUUUAAUAAUAGCCAACUAAUUAGCUUGGACUAAGGGGUUAUGACAGCCCCAGAGGAGAGCUUUUCACAAUCCUUCAUGAGCCUGGAUGCUUGCUGCAAAAUGAUGAGUUCUCUCAACUUGCAUUGAAGUUGAUGACGUUAGAAAGGCCCUCAACAGCUUGCAGGGUGGAUUCCAGCAACCUUUUUCAUCAGUGACAUGGGGCUGCUAGGAAGAGUUACACUAAUAAAACAUUUCCUGUCUGAAUAAAUUAGAACUGCUCUAUGUUCUAACACAGGGGCGGGCAGAGGGCCACUUACUGAGUUUUGGCAAGCCAUCGAGGGCCGCAUGACAGGCAGCCCAGGGCACAUAAAUAUUUUCUAAAUUUUUUAGGGUCCCUGCAGGCCGGAUAGAAUGGCCUGGUGGACCACAUCCGGCCCCCAGGCCACAUUUUGCCCACCCCUGUUCUAACACUUAACUUUGUCCUUCAGUCCCUACUGAUGAAAAGUGUUUGUUUAAGGGGGAGUUCUACUAGCAUGAGAAUUAUACUGUCAGGCCUCUUACUCCUUUGAAUUAUGAAUAGAAUAAAUUAAAAGAAAAAUGAUGGACUUUUUACACGUUCCAUCUGUUUGAAUUAUAUUAAAUAUAACCUCUCUUCUGUAGCAUGGUUGAAAUUCUUCUUGCUAUCAAAUCAAUGACCUGAGCCAUCUGUUCCUGGGGUUUCUUUUGUUUUUGUUAAAUGAGCACAGAGUUAUGGACAUGCAGAGUAUAUUUUGCACAGAAUUAUUUCAUGAAGGAAACGAGCAGCCUGUCAAAAAUGAUUCAGUAUCAGAUAAAGUGCUAUAUGAUGGCUGGAGUAAAUGUAAUUAACCUUCUGAGAGUGAAUUUCUGAGCACUAAAUUUAUUUUCUCACCUUUAACCAAAUCCUGUAGAAAUGCUGUCACAGUUUUAACUGAUUUGUCACUGACCAUCAUCUGUCCUGCUGGCCUCCCUCUAUAGAACUGUAUUGCUUAAGACAGUAGCUUCUUUAGUUUGGGACCUUCCCCCCACACCGCCCUCCGACCAAGCCAUCAGACCGUGCUGAAACACCAGGUUGCCGGAGUCACUGUUGACAAGUUGUCAAAGGUUGGAGUCUCUAAGAGUGGGUGUGUUACCUUCUUUUUUGUAUGAUAUUAUCCGUUUUUCUAGUUUCCUCCUCCUUUUAGUCAGCAUGGCGUUGCUUCUGCUACUGCAAGUGCUGUAUCUUAGAUCUGAUCCCAAGCUAUGGUGGAAACUAAUUUAUUGUCAGUGAUGCCUCUUACCUAAAUAAGUAUUGCCCUGAUGCCAAAAGGAUUUAGAGCCUUCUAUGAGAGAUGUACGGCAGUAAUAAUACAGUGCUGUCUUCAAUUCCUUCAUUAGCAUUUAGUUAACAAAAUGGCCAUUGAUGCUUGCUUAGAACCCUGCAGUCCAUCCUGCCUGUUCAGUGUAUGUAGGGGAGAAGAUGAAAUAUAUUGGCCAAUUCUGUAGUUCACAGUUGUUUUGAUUUCCACCCCACCUUUAUCAGUUCCCCCCCUUAUUGUUCUGUUUAACUUUUCAGCAAUUCCCCCAGAUUGGUGGAGUGUAGGUCAGUGUUGCCUUGACUUCUAACAGAGUGCAUCAUAUUUAAGUGAGAAAGGAGCGUUGUUGGCUUUAGUUAGCUAACAUAAAGUGCAAUCCUAGUGAAGACAAUGAAACUUGUAGUUUUUCACAAACUAGUGAGGAGGUAGAGUUAAGGAUAUAGUAAUUUAGGGUUUAUCUUGACCUUGCUAAUGUGUGGGGGAAACUACAAAUUGUCUCAUCUUCCCUGGGAUUUUACCCUGUGUUAUUUCAGUCAGAUUAGUUAAUGACAAUUAACUCGUUAAUACUCAGAGACUGCUACCUGGAGAGAGAGAUUUGCAGGUUGUUUUAGAAACAGUGGAGGAGAGAAUAGACAUUAACAAGCAAAAUAAAACUGGACCAACCUGGGGUAGGCAACCUUUCCUAGCUGCAGGUCAGAAUGACCCACCCCAAGUUAGAGGUGGGUGGAUGGGUGUUAGGACCUGGCGCUUGUUCCCACAGCAACACAGGGAGAACCUGUGUAGCUGAAACCCCCUGCUGCUGAAUGCUGCCAAGCCCCUACAUCCAUGGGCCUGAUCUAAUGGUUGGAUCUGGCCUCUGGGCCAGAGGUUGCUAACGCUGAUCUCAGCUGAAAUUAUUUCAUGGAUUAUUGUAGAGCCUCCUGUAUAACAGAAACCAUAAUGCAUUACAAAGUAAUUUCUACUUUGAGCCUAUGAUCUCCAGAUGAGUUGCAACAUUAUUUUAGGAAGAGAUCUAGUCUUGAUUUAAAGUGAAGGGAAAUUUAUCACGCUUCUGCAAAAAUUGCUGCAACAAGUCUUUAACUUUGAUAUUAAAAAUUGAGCCUGUUUCUAAUUUGAAUUUGUCAAGCUUUCAUUUCCCAUCACUCUUGCUGCACCUUUUCCCCUAGAUUCAAGUUGUUUACUAAUGCAAAUGUCUUCCCUAUUCACAUAUGUUUAGACCAUAAUUGAGUCACCUUUUAACUUACUUUUAGAUAAGCUAAAUGACCAAGGCAGAGUUUCCAUGCCUCUAAUUGUUCUUGUGUCUUUUUUAAAAACUUUUUCUAAUUUUUCACUAUCCCUUUUGAAGUGUGAAUGCCAGAACUGGAUCUGCUGUUCCAUAGUUUUUUCACUAAUGCUAUAUACAGGGAUAGUGACAUUUUUGUACUCAUACUUGAUAUUUAUCUGCGUUCUUGUCCAAGGAUCAUGUUGGCUUUCUUAGCUACUAUAUCGCACUGAGAGUUCUGGUUAUUUACCAUUGCCCCUAAGUUACUUAGAAGAGCGCCACUGCAUUUCGGGAUACUAUCUCUAGUCCUGCAAACAAGACCUAUAUUCUCCACUCCUGGAUAUAUAAUCUUUCAUUUGAUAGUAUUGUUGCUCAAACGAGCCUGCCCCAUCAAGUGACCAAGGUCAGCCUGAGCAACUGACUUGCCCUGUCAUUUGUCGGACCACCAAUUCUUGUUUCACUUGCAAAUGUUACCAGUAAUGCAUAUGUCAUUUCCUCAGUGUUACUAAUAAAAAUGUUGCAGAGCACUGGAUCAAGAACAGAUCCCCACAGGACCCUACUAGUAACACCCGCAUCACAGUUACAGUUUGCAGUCUGACAUUUCACCAGUUCUUAUCAAUUUCAUAUCAGCUUUAAUUGACCCCCCUCCCCCCAGUAUUGGUACAGCAUUUGUGUUUUUCCCCUGUCUUUUGGACAUUCCCUAGUGUUCCAAGAUCUGUUUUAAAAAAUCAUCUUGAAUAGUUCUGAGGUCCUUUGCCAAUCCUUUUAAUAUUAUUAUGUGUAAGUUUUCUGGUCCUGCAGAUUUAAAAUGUUUAAAUUUUAAUAGUUGCUAAUGCAAUAGCUCCCAAGUUACUAAUGGAAUAGAAAAUAUUUCCUCAUCACUUAAGGAUAUGAAUACAGCAUCCUGCUUCUUGCCAAAUAGAGACCAGGAAGUUAUUGAAUAUUUCUGCCUUUUUUGCAGCAUGAUCAACAUUUUUCUACUUUUAUCUAUAAUUGGACUCUUGUAUUACUAAUUUUUCAUUUUGUCCCUCAUGCAUUUAAAGCAGAGCUGUCCAACUUCUGAGUGGCUGUGGGGGGCAGGCUUCCUGGCCCCACACACUGUAGACCACACACCCUCUAUAUUGCAUGCUGUGCCACGUUGUACACGCCCACCUCCCACACUGUGGGCACCCCCCUGUGGCCCCAUACAUGCUAUGUCAUGUCACAUGGGUCCCCCUGUGUCACACUGCCUCACAGGUACUCCAAUGUACCAUGCCGUCACCCUGUGCAGCCCCACAUGGGCUCUGGGUCCCCCCAGGCCACCCAGCCACAGGUCCUCUAGGGGUGGGAUCAGGCAGCAGAAGCUGGAGAAUGGAAGGGGAGCCUGGAGAGUCCGGUGGCAGCAGUUGCUGGAGCAGUGGAGAGAGCAACUCUUGGAUCAGGAGCCAGGGGCUGCAAGUUAUCCCUUUGGGGGUGCCUGUGGGCUGCUAGUUAGACAGGCCUGUUUGAAAGCAUUUAAAGAAUUCCAUUUUUAUUAUUCUCUUCUCUUUGCUAUGGAUUUUUCACAGUUUCCAUUUAUUUAAACUUGUUAUGUGUUCUUAAUUGCUACUUUCACUUCUCGUCUUGACCAGGAACAUUGAUAACCAAAGACGCCACCUGAUGUGAUUGCACAAUUAUGUGGGGUUAGUAUCUAAUAAAGCGUUCUUAAACAGUU